ACACACGGGCCUCGUCGACUGCUUCUCCCGCCACGAUACACACACGGUGCCUCGUCGAUUUGCUUCUCCCGUCACCGACGCGCGCACAACUCUUUCAUGGCGCCGCCGACGCUCAACAAGGACGAGCUCAAGAACCUCUCCUUCAUCCUCAACAAGCCGCACGAUGUGACGUUUGCCGAGCGGCCGAAGCCGUCCAUCGAGGACCCCCACGACGUGCUCGUGGCCGUCAACUACACGGGCAUCUGCGGCUCCGACGUGCACUACUGGACGCACGGGGCCAUCGGGCACUUUGUGGUGCGCGAGCCCAUGGUGCUGGGCCACGAGUCGGCCGGCACCGUGGUCGAGACGGGGGCGGCGGUGACGCACCUGCGAGCGGGCGACCGGGUGGCCAUCGAGCCCGGGUACGGGUGCCGGCGCUGCGGCGCGUGCCGGGCGGGCAAGUACAACCUCUGCGAGGCCAUGGUGUUCGCGGCGACGCCGCCGCACGACGGCACGCUGACGGGCGUGUGGCGGUCGCCGGCCGACUUCUGCUACAAGCUGCCCGAGGGCGUCUCGCUGCAGGAGGGCGCGCUCGUGGAGCCGCUGGCCGUGGGCGUGCACAUCGUCAAGCAGGCGGCGGUGCAGCCGGGCCAGUCGGUCGUGGUCAUGGGCGCGGGACCCGUGGGCCUGCUGUGCGCGGCCGUCGCGCGCGCGUACGGCGCGUCCAAGGUGGUCAGCGUCGACGUGGUGCCGUCCAAGCUCGACUUUGCGCGCGGCUUCGCGGCCACGCACACGUACCUGUCGCGGCGCGUGCCGCCCGAGGACAACGCGGCGGCCAUCCGCGAGCACGCCGGCCUGCCCGCGGGCGCCGACGUGGUCAUCGACGCGAGCGGCGCCGAGCCCUCGAUCCAGACGAGCCUGCACGCGGUGCGCGUCGGCGGCACCUACGUCCAGGGCGGCAUGGGCAAGAGCGACAUCGACUUCCCCAUCAUGGCCAUGUGCCUCAAGGAGGUGACGGCCAAGGGCUCGUUCCGCUACGGGCCCGGCGACUACGAGCUGGCCGUCGAGCUCAUCGCCAGCGGCAAGGUCGACGUCAAGAAGCUCGUCUCGGCCGUGGUGCCCUUUGAGCAGGCCGAGGACGCCUUCAAGAGGGUCAAGGGGGGGGAGGUGAUCAAGGUGCUCAUCGCGGGGCCCAACGAGGCCAGCAGCGGCUGAUGAUGGUGAGCGGAGACAUGUACACACACGCACGCAAGCACGCACGCACGCACACUCGGGCCAACGAGCGAGCUUGUUCGCUGCAGCACAGGAGCAAUGAGGUGAGGGCAUCAUUUCUCAGCCGCCCGCCCGCCCCGGUCCGUGGGCGUUUCGGACGGGCCCCUGCCCUGGCACGGCCAGCUGGAGCUCCGCCAAGUUCGCCUCGGGAGCGGCUGACUGGGCGGGCACGAGGGCGACGUGAGGCCCACAAGGACCUCACGAGGCGCCCGAUGGCGGAAUUAUGCACAGAGGACAAAGAUGGCGAGGCGGAAUCCCUGCCUUGGCUGGGGGCCUGUACCACCUAGAACAAAGUAUACUGUAUACUGUACUUCGUACGUACUUGUAAAAUGACUGCACAUGGUUCCGUGC